AUGCUCACAGAGAUCGUGAGCGUGAUGGAGCGAACGGACUUGAUUGUUGACUUUGGAAAUGUGUUCAUCCCCCAAAAUCUUGAAGUUCCCAAACCAAGAGUUCUUCCUGAAUUCAAGAGACUUGCACAUGGUCUGCGAUCUGGAAACAUCAGUGUACUUGAUGCAAAGACCUUCUAUAUUCCAAACUUGCAUUAUGAUGGUGCUGGACCUGAUGCAUACUUCUGGGUUGGUAAUGGAACUGAACCCAGUCCCCUUGGCAUCAAGGUACCAAAUGAAGUCGGAAGUCUGGACCCCCUUCGAGGCUAUCAAGGAGAGGAUAUUGAAAUUCAGUUACCAGGAAACCUGACUGUGUAUGAUAUUGAUUGGCUUGCUGUAUGGUGUGUUCAGUAUCGCCACAACUUUGGUCAUGUACUCAUCCCCAAGGACUUGGACGUGCCUCCAGCCCUAGGCCAGACCAAAAUCACUACUAGCAGUACAACUCCUGACCCAAGGGGAAGUCCUGAUCCAGAUGAUAUUGCCAGUAAUUGUCGUUCCUUCCUUGAUGACCGAUUACAAGUGCGAUGGGAAAUGAAGGGUGAUGUGGUACAAAUACAACUUGCAGCAAAAAUGAGGGAAGAUCAAUGGAUGGCAUUUGGAUUGAGCGGAGAACAAGGACGGUCUACAAUGGUUGGUGGUGAUGUUGUUGUCGCAUUCUAUGACACUGAUGAAAGAGUCUUUAAGGCAGAAGAUUAUUACAUGUCUGCAACAUCCCAGUGUGAUGGCACAGGAGGAGUUUGUCCGGAUGUGAGAAUUAGUGGGAAUGAUGAUGCACAGUUAAUUCAAGGUGACCGUAAGAAUGGUGUUACUACUGUUACGUACACUCGACCUCUCAUAACAAACGAUCCAAUUCAUGAUCGUGGGAUUCCUAGUAAUGGAGAAGUUAAUGUCAUUGCAGCCAUUGGAGCACUAAACAGUCGUAAAGAGGCUAAUUCUCAUGACAUUCCUGACAAAACAAAAGAUGACAUCCGAAUAGAUUUCAGUAGUCGAAAUGAUCAUGCUUGUACUACAUCCUUAUUUGACCUGCCCACUGACCCUGGAGUUCAGGCUUGGGAACCUCAAAUGAUCACUGGUGAAAACACAUUCAGUGUUCGAAUAGGACCCACAGGUGGAAAGAGAGGGUACACAGCAAUUACAGGACUUCCUUCAUGGGGUAUUGCAUGGUAUGUUAAUGAUCUUCUUAUACCAGAAAUAUUUGUAGAACGUGGACAAACCUACACAUUUGUUGUAGAAGGAGGAAUUGAUCCUACAAAUCCUGCCAAGUAUCAUCCAUUCUAUAUCACUGACAAUAAGGAAGGGGGUUAUGGACAAAAAACAGAAGAUCAGAGGAAAAAGCAACGAGUAUUUGCUGGAGUUGGAUUUGAUGCUGAGGGCUAUCCUUAUCCUACAGCUGCGGGUCGUUAUUGUGAAUGGGUUCAUAAAACAGUAGAUCAGUCAUUAAAAAUUGAAAGUUUUAAUGAAUACCUCAGCACAUUACGAUUGGUGUGUGAUGAGGGUGAGCCUGCAUACCUCAAUUGGACAGUAGCUCCAGAAACACCAGACCUAGUUUAUUACCAGUGUUACACACACAACAACUUAGGAUGGAAAAUCCAUGUUGUAGAUAUGGGUUACAGAUCACAACAAAAUGGCAUGAGUAGUGCCAUUUCUUUCCUUACUCCAAGCAUAUUGUUGCCUCUCAUGACACUUCAUUUCUUCAUGAGGUGAAGAAGCUCAUUAUUUCACAGAUAUGUGCAAGUCCUAUAUGAUAUUGUCUGUGUCUUCUUGAAUAUGAAAUGGGUAUGUUUUUGAAGGGAAAUUGUUUCUUGAAGUAAUAUGGGAAACUACUGGAAUAAAUGCAUAAAAUACUAUGCCAGAAACAGUUUUAGUAGUUGAAACUACACAUUUCAUUUCAAUUAGACUUGGUGCAAUAAAUACAUAAAAUGUAUAACCACAUUGUCUGCUGUACAUAUUUGUGAUGUUCACUGCGUGUUGCAAAACAAUGCAUGAGAAGAAACUUCCACAUAUCACUGAAAAUCAAACAUCUUAGUUUAAAAAACUGCAAUAUCUGUGGAAGGUAUUGUCUAUAUUAAAGAAAAGUAGCAUAUCAGUUUGCUACAAGCUUGCAAUGCAUUGGACUUCUGAGCAAUAUUAAUGCUAUUAAUUAUAAAUGGAAAAACUGGUGAAAUGAAGUACAGAAUAGAUAAAAGAUACAAAAAUUAAGACACAAAUAUUUUAAUUAAUAAUGUCAAUUAAACAUAUCCUAUCACAAAGCCUUUUGAUUUAAAUUAGCAUUUGUUUUUUCUAUUUAAUUUUUUAAGUGGUAUAAUAAGUUGUUUCAAACAACUUUGGUGUUUGAUAUUUUAUUUUUUAAUUAGUUAAAUUUCUAAUAAAAAUAUAGAGAAUAUAAUUAUUUUACAGUAAAUAAAACUGAUAACAUUUUAUAAUGUUUUAGAUUGAUGGUGAAUGGAAUUCAUAGACUGUUUUGUUUAAGAAUAUGUUUACUUUACGAUUUAUGUAUGUCUCAUCAAUUUAAACAAAACAAAUCGAAACGUCAAUACAGUUAUUUUUUCAAAAUAUAAUUUAUGAAUUUGAAUUAUUUUGCUAUUCUUUUGG